AUGGGUCCAGGAAAGAAAAACAUUUCGGGGCAAGAAUCUCUGCUUCUACCAUCCCUUGUUUUUUGGACGUACUACCUGAGAGGUGCCAAUACGAGAAGUAGCAAAGCAGGGAGAAGCACCAUAACAACUUAUUUUCCUUCGCAAAUUAACUCAUUUCCAGACUGUUCUUCUACCUUGCAAAAUAAAAAUAGAAUGGCCGAGUCUUUUCUUGUCGACAUUGUAGAAAAUGUUUUCAGGAAGUUGGGCUCUCUUGCUCUUGAAGAAUUUUCCUUCGCAUGGGCACUCAGAAGCGAUCUUGAAAAAAUUAAAAAGAGCUUAGUCGUCAUCAAAGCCGUGCUUUUCGACGCCGAGCAGCAUCAGUUACGGAGUCAACAGAUAGAGGUUUGGCUGGGGAUGCUCAAAGAUGUCCUUUAUGAUGCAGAAGAUGUGGUGGAUGAGUUUGAAUGUGAAGCCUUACGAAGGAAAGUGGUCGAGUCUGGGAACACCACUCGAAAGGUACGCCGAUUUUUUUCUACCUCUAAUCCACUUGCAUUCCGCUUUACAAUGGGACAUAAACUAAAGAAGAUUAGAGAGAGGGUAGCUGAAAUCGCUGCUCUUAAGUCUGAUUUUGGUCUCACCGAGCGGAUUUUCGAUAGGCAUGUCAUUCAUAGGGAGAGGGAGAUGACCCACUCCUUUGUGGAUGCUUCUAAUGUCAUUGGGAGGGACGAAGAUAAAGAGAACAUCAUUGAAAUGUUGCUGCAAUCUUUUGAUAGUGAAAAUGUCUCCAUUAUUCCUGUAGUUGGAAUAGGUGGUCUCGGGAAAACUACACUUGCUAAGUUGGUGUUCAAUGAUCAAAGGGUGAUUAGUCAUUUCGAGGAGAAACUAUGGGUGUGUGUUUCAGAAGUCUUUGAAAUAGAAAAGGUUAUAAUUAAAAUUCUGAGCUCUGCAUCUCCAGGUAAAAAAUAUAUGGAUCUGGAUGUAGACCAGCUGCAAAAGGCCUUGCGACAGGCUUUAGAUGGAAGGAAAUAUUUACUCAUCCUAGAUGAUGUUUGGAGUGACGACCCUAGAAAAUGGCUGGAAUUAAAAGCUUUGUUAAUGGGAGGAGCUAAUGGAAGUAAAAUUUUAGUCACCACUCGAAGCAGCCGUGUUGCUUCCAUUAUGGGCACAGACUCUGCAUACGAUUUGAAUGAUCUUCCUUACCAGCAUUGCUUGUCUUUGUUUUUCAGAAGUGCAUUUAAAGGUGAGCAAGAAAAACAAAAUCCAAACCUGAUAAGAAUUGGAGAAGAAAUUGUGAGAAAAUGCAAGGGAAUUCCAUUGGCAGUGAUAACUCUGGCAACUCUGCUGUACUCUGUAACCGAUGAACGUGAUUGGGAAGUUAUAAGAGAUAAUGAAAUAUGGAAAUUAGAACAGAAAGGAAAUGAUAUUUUGCCUGCUUUAAGAUUGAGUUAUGAACAAUUGCCAUCUCACUUAAAAAGAUGCUUCGCAUAUUGUUCAGUUUUUCCAAAGGAUUACAUAUUUUACGAUCUUGAAUUGGUUUAUAUUUGGAUGGCACAUGGACUUGUUCAAUCUUGCAAUGAAAAUCAAGAGUUAGAAAAUGUUGGCUUUCGCUAUUUUAAGGAGUUAUGUAGUAGAUGUUUCUUUCAAGAUUUUAGGGAGGAUGCAGGGGAUGUUCAGUGUAAAAUGCAUGAUCUAAUGCAUGAUCUCGCAUCAUCAGUGACACAAAAUGAAUCCACAGCAAUAAUCUCCAGCUCUCAACAGUGCUUGAGAGUCGCGGAUUUGGCUUAUUCAAAGUUUGAGUUACUACCAAGAAGUAUAGGCAAUUUGAAGCAUUUGAAAUAUCUUAGUUUAUGGAAUAAUUUUUUCCUUAAAAGACUCCCUAAUUCCAUAUGCAAGCUGCAAAGCUUGCAAGCACUAAUACUUGGCGGAUGUGACGAACUUGAGGAGUUGCCCAGAGACAUAAAGUACAUGGUUAACCUUAGAUUGCUUUGGAUAACUACAAAGCAAAAGUAUUUACCAACUGGCGGAUUAGGGUGCCUAAAAUCUCUUCGAUUUUUGUUCAUUACUGGUUUCGAAAAUCUACAAUAUUUGUUUGGAGACUUGCAUGGCUUGACAAAUCUUCGAAGAUUGUUCAUUGGUGGUUGUGACAGUUUGAUCUCUUUGCCGCAAAGUAUUAAAUUCCUAACAACAUUAAAGAUUCUCAAUAUUGCCAAUUGUGAAAACCUUGAUUUAGCAAUAGAGGAAGUGGAAGAUAAUCAACACCUAAGUCCAUUCAGUCUCCAAAAGUUAGAGAUCAUUAACAUACCAAAGUUAUUGGGAUUCCCAACAUGGCUGAUUCGAGGAUCAAUCAACAGUUUAAAAAUCUUGAAAAUUACAGAUUGUGACAACCUUAGAGAAUUACCGGAACCUCUACAAAACAUCGCAACACUCGAAGAACUUUUGAUCUAUGGUUAUCCUAUGUUAAACAAUGAACGCCUACAGAAUAUAUCAGGCUUUCUGACAAUUUGACAUUCUUAUGCCUUUGGAAAUGGCAGGUCCAAUUCAAGCAUGUCCAUGAGUUGAAUUUACAUGUGGGC